CCCCCCACUGACAGAUUAUUUGAUGGACACUGUAGAAUGGAGUUUAUGCUUUUUUAAGCCAAAGUUUGGUGGUCAAAGCACCUAGUGCUGUAGGAAACAUCUUAUCUCCAAGAAACCAACACAUUCUCAUUCAGAGUAAGAAAAUACUGAAAGGAUGCUGAGCGUUACGCGGAGUCGGAGCUGUUGGAUGUUGACGCUGAUCAUCGCGGUAGUGCGGAUGGGAGAAACUCAAGGGACCGAGAGCAAAGCCCAGGUGAACUCCAUCAAAUCACUGGAGCCCCAGAUCACCUCCGCUAACCGCUCCAGCGCUUCAUAUAGCGACAUCCCGAAGAAAAGCAACAUCCCCGCUCAGGGGUAUCCAUGCAGCAGUGAUAAAGAGUGCAUGGUGGGAACUUACUGCCACAGUCCCCAACACGCCCCGUCCCGCUGCCUCACCUGCCGCAGGAGAAAGAAGCGUUGCCAUAGAGACAACAUGUGCUGCCCUGGAAACCGCUGCAGCAACUAUAUCUGCAUCCCCAUCUCAGAGAGCUUGCACAAAUCACCUAUGGAGGAGCACAACACGCUUCCUAUCAAAGACAAAGGCUGGAGGAAGAACGGCAAAGCUCAGGCCAAGAUCUCUCUCAAAGGUCACGAGGGCGACCCUUGCCUGCGCUCGUCCGACUGCUCGGAGGGCUACUGCUGCGCUCGCCACUUCUGGACCAAAAUCUGCAAGCCUGUGCUGCGGCAGGGCGAAGUUUGCACCAAGCAGCGCAAGAAAGGCUCCCACAGCCUGGAGAUCUUCCAGCGCUGUGACUGCGCCAAAGGACUCGCCUGCAAGGUAUGGAAAGACGCCACCUCCUUCUCCAGGUCCAGGCUGCACGUGUGCCAGAGGAUCUGAGACGGGAGGCCCCUGGAAAACAAGACGCACCUUGGGGCCCCUGCGUCCCUCUGGGGGAGGAGCGGGCGAGGGCUCCUUUCUCCAGGACUUACUCAGCUGUGAUAAAGGGAGAGAUACAGAUGAAUGUGUGCCAGAACAGGGUGGGAACGAGCCGAUAUGGUGGACGCUCAGCCGUAGCCGUACCCCGUGCUUCUUUUCAAGAUUAUUUGCUGGAGGUUUAUUGAUCUACAAGCCAUAUUUAUCACUGAUGUGUUUGACGCAAGCGCUGGCGUAUUUCGGUAUGCCUGUGCUGUGUCAUUUUAGUAUCAUUUUCAAUGCUCUGAUUUGGUUUUUUUUUUUUUUUUUUUGGCACUAAAUAUUUCAUG